CAGCACUCAUCCAUAGGGCCGGGCGGAGCAUUAAGCGAGUCCACAUUCUUGGGCUGCUAGAACAGCGCCGUGUGCGGCGUCCGUACUGGUGACAGGUGUUGUGUGCCCCCGGCCACAUGGACCCCCUGAGGCGGUCGCCUUCCCCUUGCCCAUCCUCGCGGCCCUCCAGCCCCAGGACCCCGCCCUGUGAGAUGUUGGGUCACGUGGGCAUUGAUGCCGUGCUGGACCAGCUGAAGAUCAAGGCCAUGAAGAUGGGCUUUGAGUUCAACAUCAUGGUGGUGGGGCAGAGCGGGCUGGGCAAGUCCACAAUGGUGAACACCCUGUUCAAGUCCAAAGUGUGGAAGACGACCCUGCCGGGCUUGGUGCCGCCCAUACCCCAGACGCUGCAGCUGCACUCGGUGACCCACAUCAUCGAGGAGAAGGGCGUGAAGCUGAAGUUGACAGUGACUGACACGCCCGGCUUCGGGGACCAGAUCAACAACGACAAGUGCUGGGACCCCAUCCUGGGCUACAUCAACGAACAGUACGAGCGCUACCUGCAGGAGGAGAUCCUCAUCACGCGCCAGCGCCACAUCCCAGACACCCGCGUGCACUGCUGCGUGUACUUCGUGCCGCCCACCGGGCACUGCCUGAGGCCCCUGGACAUCGAGUGCCUGCAGCGGCUGUGCCGGACUGUGAACGUGGUGCCCGUCAUCGCCCGUGCCGACAGCCUGACCAUCGAGGAACGAGAUGCCUUCAGGCGCAGGAUCCAGCAAAACAUGAGGGCUCACUGCAUCGACGUGUACCCUCAGAGGUGCUUUGACGAGGACAUUAACGACAAGAUCCUCAACAGACCGGAUUCCCUUCGCCGUGGUCGGGGCCGACAGGGAGCAUGUGGUGGACGGGAGAUGCAUCCUGGGCCGCAAGACCAAGUGGGGCGUCAUCGAAGUAGAGAACAUGGCGCACUGCGAGUUUCCUCUCCUGAGAGAUCUUCUCAUCCGCUCCCACCUCCAAGACCUGAAGGACAUCACCCACAAUGUCCACUACGAGAACUACCGUGUCGUCAGGCUCAACGAGAGCCACCUGCUGCCCCGAGGGCCCGGCUGGGUGAACCUGGCCCCAGCCUCCCCUGGGCAGCUGACCACCCCCGGGCAGCUGACCACCGCCGGGCCUUUGAAGGCCUGCAGGCGGGCCCGCGACGACUCGGAGGACGGAUUCUGAGCCCCGGCCGCCCCGGGCCUGCAGGGCUCCCCAGACCCCUCCUCACGCACGCCUGUGCACCAGAGCAGCUAUUAAAGGUGGACAUUGCUUUCUAUGAAAAGCCGUGCUUUGCAAAAGGUGUUUUGUAAAUGACUUCUUUGAGC